CAUGCUGAUUUCUGUUUGGUGUACAUGUGUUAUCAUUCAUUUUCAUUGUAAAAGUAAAAUGUGAUGUGUGGUUGUUAGUUCAUAAAUUUUAAAGUGGUUGUCUUACUAAAACAAGAAUACAAUUAUGGGUUUAACUAAACAGUAUUUGCGUUAUGCACCUAGUGGAGUUUUUAAUGUUAUUGCUUCAGCCGACUGUAAUAGCUCACACGUUUCACUGAAUGGCAUAAGUGGUAGAUAUAUUGCUGUUGGGGCCUGCGAACAUGUUAUUUUAUGGGAUAUGAGGCUUGGAGAAAAGGCACAAGUCCUUCCCGGUGAAAAUGUUGUUGUAUCUCAAAUUUGCGCUAGUCCUUCGGGAAAUCAUAUGGCUGUAGGUUAUGUUGAUGGUAACAUUAAUGUAUUUGAACUUGUGAACAAUGAGGUUGUAUGUGUGUUUGCUGGCCACAAAUCUGCUGUUACCUGCCUGCAGUACGAUGAGCAGGGACACCGUUUAGUAUCUGGAUCUAAAGACACAGAAGUUAUACUAUGGGACGUAGUGUCAGAAACAGGUGUCGCCAGAUUCAGUGGCCACAAAGGAGCUGUAACAAGUGUUAUUUUCAUCAAUGGCAAGAAUUGCAUAGUGAGCUCUUCCAAAGAUACCUUUGUUAAGUUUUGGGACAUUGAAACUAAACACUGCUUUAAAACACUUGGAGGACAUCAGAUGGAGGUUUGGUCAGCAUCUCUCUUGAAAGAAGAGCAAUACUUAGUAACAGGCAGUAUGGAUUCUGAGCUACGAGUCUGGAAGCUUAACUGGACUAGUGAUGUGAAAGAUGAAGAGAAACUUGUCCGGCAAAUGGAGAUUGUCAAAAUUGAGGAGACAGAGGAUGUUGAAGAUACUUCGGUACUGCAAUGCCAUCAAGUAGGCACAUUGAUUCGGGGCGGUCGGGGCCGCGUGGUCGGCCUCCACACCGACCCCGGACAAACUGUUUUGGCCUGCUACGGUACCGAUUCACUGCUCGAACUCUUUGCGUUUUGCUCUGACGAAGAAGCCAAAACAAGAAUGGAUAAAAGGAUAAAGAAGCAGAGAAAGAAAUUGGCAAAACUAAAGGAGAGCGGUGAAGCUGAUCCUGAUACCACCGAGGUUGCACAGCUCCUGACACUAACAGACGAGGUGCGGCGACUCACGUCCGUCAAACUCGACGCCAAGAUAAAGUCUUGUUCGCUAUUGCUCGGAACCACUGGGGAACUCCGGGUGGGCGUCACCUUGGCCAAUAACACGGUCGAGUUGCACAGCUUGAGGUUACAGGAGGGGCAUGAAGUGCAAUGUUUGAAACAAAUAACACAACCCGGCCACCAAAAAGAGCCGCGAUGUGUGGCCAUCAGUUCCGACAAUCUGGCUGUGCUGUCGGCGUCCGCGGAUUCUGUCAAGAUUUGGAACAGGCCCAACCAGUCGUGCUUGCGCACCAUCCCGAUGGCGGGCGCGCGGCCCAGCUGCGCGGCGUUCGCGCCGGGCGACCGGCACGCGCUGCUGGGCUGCGCGGACGGCGCGCUGCUGCUGCUGGACGUGGCCGCGGCCGCGCUGCUGGAGCGCGUGCCCGCGCACAGCGCCCACUGCUGCGCGCUCGGCCUCACGCCCAACAUGCUGGGUUGUUACUCUGGCGGUGCCGAUAAAACUGUGAAACUAUGGCAAUUCGAACUUAUACCCGACCCGACAGGUGAAUCAAAAGCAAAGGUACUGUCGUUGUUGCAUACGAAAACUUUAGAACUGGAAGAACAAGUGUUAGCAGUUAAAAUAAGUCCAAAUAGCAAAUUCAUAGCAGUUUCAUUAUUAGAUUCCACUGUGAAGAUAUUCUUCUUAGACACAUUUAAGUUCUACCUCUCACUGUACGGCCACAAGUUGCCCGUGCUGUGUUUAGACAUAAGUUACGACUCCAACAUAAUAGUGACGGGCUCUGCCGACCGCAACGUCAAGAUCUGGGGCAUGGACUUUGGCGAUUGCCACAAAUCGAUAUUCGCCCACAACGACUCGAUUACGGCACUACAGUUCGUCCCUUCGACGCAUUAUUUCUUUACCAGCUCUAAGGAUGGGAAGGUGAAGCAGUGGGAUGCUGACACCUACGAUAAUAUUAUUACACUGAAUGGCCACAACGGCGAGUGCUGGGAUCUAUGCGUGGGCGCGGGCGGGCUGCACGCGGCGUCGUGCGGCGCCGACCGCGCGCUGCGGCUGUACGCGCGCAGCGACGAGCCGCUCGUGCUGGGCGACGCGGGCGACGAGGAGGAGGGGCUCGCCACCGGGGACACGCAUGCUCCAGUGCCAGGAAUGCCCGGAAUAAAUAUCCCCACAAGGAAAACAAUUGGCGCUGAGAAAGCUGCGGACUCAAUAAUGGAGUGCCUGUCGGUGGGGGCGGAGUACCAGCGGGAGUUGGCGGAGGCUCGCGGGCAGCCUGUGCAGCCGCCGUUGCUGAUGGCCGCCUAUAAUUGUGCUACGGCUGAGGACUUCUUCGUGGAGACUGUGAGGAAGAUUCGAGCCAGCGACUUGGAAGAAGCCCUGCUCCUGCUUCCGUUCAGCACGGCGUGUGACAUCGUGCGGUUACUGCCGAAGCUCCUGGACCGCGGCGACCACGCGGAACUCUUCUGCAAACUAGCAGUGUUCCUCCUCAAGGUCCACCACGCGCCUCUGGUCGCCAACCAAGCACUGCUUAAACAUAUGAUACAGAUACAAGCGAAGGCUUCCAUGAGGCUCAACGAGUUGAGGGACAUGGUCGGCUACAACGUGCACGCUCUCCACUGGAUGCGGCGCGAGGUGGAGGCGGCGGAGAGCGAGCAGCUGUUCCGCGACGCGAGCGGCGCCAAACGCACCCGCGACAAGAGACGCAAAGCGAGACAAGCAAUAAAACGACCCAUUAUUACUGUAACAUAA